AUGUCGACUGUACGAGGAAACUCUGUGCGAGCAAAUUCAGUACGACAAAGGCCAAGAAGGAAUACCAAAGCAGAGCCUCUCGAAAUUGUCGACCCAAAUACAUUUGUGUGGCCGGAGAGGAGUCGGAAGAACUUUGUUCAGCUUGUUGCGUUGCAAUGCCUGCUUAAUCCGACACCCCAGAGACAGAUAGUCCAACCGGUCGAUCAGAAUGCCGAUUCGAGAGAGAAGAGAGGUGGAUACCGGAGCAUGCUGCCACAAAAGGUCGAACGGGAUUUGACAGAACAUUUCGCCUUCUUGGUUGCCGCGGGAGCUGGUGAUACCGCCUGCUGUGUAGAGGAGGAAUAUGUCAUUGAUGUCGGCAGCACGCUCAGGUUUAGGGUUGCUAUGAAAGAGGGGGUCUCUCAAUGGAUAUUGGAUGGGCUUCGAGGCGUUUGUAGUGAAAUUAGCAAGCUUGCGAGGGGUGAAUCGCUCGAAGCCGAUGUUAAGGCGGAGACAUGGCGAAGGGUCCUCGAACUUGAGCGGCCGAGAAUCCAUGCGGACUUAGAAGAGAGGUUUUCUAAGGCUAGUAGAUCAUUGCCCGAGCUUUUCGAGGAAUCGUUGGGCACGAAAGAUGCAAACAUUACCGAAUCGCUCGUCGACGAAGAGGCGAGACUUGUGCUCCAGAAAAUCUACGACUUGUGUACGAGGGUUGUCACUAUGGAUAGGGAGAAAACUGGGAAAGACUUGGAGAGAUUACUAGACACCUGCUAUCGGUUCCGCGUGUCCAGAAAUUUCCGAGCGUUCUUGAAAUCGGUUCACAGCCCGAGGCCACUGACGAAAAUGAUCGAGAAACUGGGGAGAUACAAGUCCGCCAGCGUGGCUCUAGUAACAGGAGCCAAGAGGUACCCCGAGAUGUUCACCAACCUCGAGGUCGAAGCGGUCCCCCAACUUGCCUCAGAAGCCGCAGCAUCUAUGGGUUUUCGCGGCAUCUACGUUGGCGAUGUUGCCCAAGAAUUGACCGCAAAUAGCGAGCAACAAUGCCUCAAGCGCCUUCAAUCAGUUACCGACCUGAAGGGCGAAAGGCUUGCGAGCCGAUAUCAAGAGCUUUGCCAGGAGAAGCUCGCGGUACAUGCUGAAAUCCAGAUGGUGAAGUUCUACGAAGAGAACCCACAUAUCGGGCGUCCCACAUUUAUCGGGUGCAGCAAGAAAUCGUGCUAUCUCUGCACGCUCUUUAUUCAAUUAGAAGGGAAGUUUGAUGUAGCUACGAAAGCCCAGAGUCACUACCAACCCAUCCUUUACAACAGCUGGACUGUGCCCACAAUGAAGUGCUCUAGUCCCGAGAAUGCGGUUAUGUACACCUUUGUCGUCGACAAAAUGUCCAGGAUUUUGGAGGACUCGUGCAGAACAAUACUCUGGGAGAAUAGCAGCAGGGAGGCCAAAUUUAACAAUCACUUCACUUCAAACUUCCCUCUUACCUCACAAGUGCUUGGAUUCGAGGCUCCUAGCGGCCCCUUGCCGUCGCCCGCACCGGUUUCCCGUAUGGUGUCCACACUACGUGCGGCGAUACCGGCAUUGCCCCGCAUGGCAUCGUCCUACAAUCUAUCCUCCGGGGCAACUACACCUACCAAUAUCCCUUUGAGUCCACUUUCGCCGACGUUUUUUGGAAAUCUUCCAUCGCUAGGCCUUUUAUCCACUCCUAGCUCGCGGGUACAGUCGCCAGGUCUGAUUCCGAUGGCACUCUCGAAGCUACCUAGCAAGCAAACACCAGUGCUUGAUAUUCCGACCACUCCUGUAAAACUUCCGAACCAAGCUCCGGAAAUUCCAGAGGCUAUCACUGCACCAACCACUACAGCUCUUCCGGCUCCCGUUUCUGCACCUUCCCCAAGGCCGCGGAAGCAUACCCCGCCACCUCCAAUCACACCUCCAGCUAUUGAGUCAGGAUUUCCCCGAACCCUUUCUGAGCCCGAAAUAUUUACUCCAGACCGAGAGCCAACACCUGUGAUUGCUCCCGCGAAAAGGGAACCUGCACCAAUCCAAUCCCAAGUACCCAAAAGUGAGCGUACCCCACCGACACCAAACUCACCAGGGGCGGAAUCAGCCGAGGGCUCAGAAGACCCCUUCGACUUAUUAGUCCUGCCAAUUCAGAGACAUUCACCUCUUGUGAACUCAGUUGAAUCCCCUUCUCCAACCCCAAGCCCCCCCCCGAAGCCCAUGAAAAAGCAAACACUACACGCAAAGCCAACAACACCUCCACCAGCUCCCCGGCCUGCGUCUGGCCCUGCGCCAUUACCGUCUCCGCCCUCCUCUACUGGAUCCCUAUCAAAGCCUUGGCCUUCCCGUGUUCAGACUAGAGAAACUGGCCUUCCCCCCACUCCCGCGGACAGCCCAACUCCAACCUCGGGGUCCUAUUUCCCCAAGUCCGAGCCAAUCCGUAUCAAACCUAUGGCCAACUUUUCCCGUCCCACAUGUGAAUUCCCGCCAACACCUCCUACCUCCUACAAGGCUACUUCAUCGAUUCCCUGGCCUGCCCGAGCGGAAACCGUGAUGGCGACCGGCCUCCCAGCCCCAACGAUUGCACCGUCAACCUCACCUAAGUCGCUUGCCGCCAUGACCUCUCGCCCAUCGACACCGGCUAAUCCUCCAACCCGCGUGAGCUCGUUCCGAAGGCAAGCUGCAAGCCCCCCGACACAAACGCACAUCCCCAGACCCUCUUCCAAAGCUUCAACAAGGCCUCCGCCACCGCCCUCUACAGAAUAUUCUUCUCCGGUUUCCUCUCUCAGGCUUGUUCGAAAACAAACUCCCCCGCAAACCGCGGCAAUAGCAGUCUCGAUGGCAGCUUCCAUCCCAAGACUUUCCAAGUCGCCGCCGCUAAGAUCUUCGCGGAGAGCACUUAUCUCGGAAGCUCGGACCGAGAAGGUCACCUCUGCAAUCGCCCUCGAAGCUUCCAAAAUUCGCCCAGCAGCCGCCGGAACAACGCCGGACAACAGAGUAUCCUCCGAUAGUGGGCAAACCUCUGCCGGGGGUGUUGUGCUCGCUCAUUCACCAGGAACCCACGCUUCCACUUCUCCAGCCACUGCGCUUCACUCCGAGGCUCCUGCCAGCGAAUCCAUCUUAGCACAAGUCAUCCGAAAGAAAAGCGAAGUCAAACCACCUUCCGAUACCAAACUCCCUUUCACGGCUCCGGAAACACUAAGCGUACCCGAAGACCCGGGGAACAACAGAGGAGAUUCCAUGGAGGUCCACGUUGUAGCACGCAACGAGGAUGGUGAAUCACUUAGCGGAUCGCGAAGAGGAAGCCGUGGCGAAAGCACCAUCAUCGAAGAUAGUGUUGAAAGCGGCCUAAAGUCUCCCUCUAAGCUUAUAAAAUUUAAGCCUAGUGCGGAGAAGGAGUUGGAUCCAUCAUUCGUCAGGAGACGAUACGUCGAAGGCGAAAACCGAGGCCUGAAGGCAGUGGGAGUAAGGUCUGCAAUUAGCACAGAAAACAGCGGACACCCGAGACCCCAAGGGUUGGGCGGUGUGCAGAGGACUGGCAGCAGCAGAAGAAAGGCCUCACCCUCGUCGCCGUCAAAGCUUCCAACACCAUCACCACCAAAGGGUACCGGUAGCUCUUCAUUCUUGAACAUCAACGGAACUCAUAGAAGCACCCGCAAUAAAUCCGGUGGCGUUGAAACCGAGUACACCCUGUACCUAGCAAACCAGACUUCGCAGCCAGGACAGCCGCCACUCGGGGAAAAGCUUUUCACAGGAAAAUUGAGCGAUAGGAAGGGACCGGGAGAGAUCAAGCAGCGAGUAGGCUGCAGGUUGCGGACAGAAUUGAGGCCAAGGGAAGGAGGUGUGCAGAGUGAUAAGAUGAGAGUCAGGGAGAUAGCCAAGAGCCUCGAGCAAAUGGUGUUGGAUAUCUUCUUCCCAGAUGCAGUAUUGAGACUGGAAGUAUUCUGGGAUGUAUAA